CAUGUCAAUUCGAUGACAGGAAUCCACCUGCAGUCCCGGCCUUGGCUUCGUGUUCAUCUCCUGAUUGUGUCAGCGCUCUGCCCCCUCUUCCUCUUUCAUCUUUCUCUAACAUUCAUUCUUCGUGGACCAUUGUUAUUCUAUCCCUAUCCCCAAUGUGAAUCAUUAUCCUACUCCGUCUCCUUUCUAUAUAUACUGCGCGACAUGAACCAUGCCUUCCGAUGCAGCACAUGACUCCUUCGAGCGCGAAGAUGCCCCGUUCUUGCAGUCCUCCGAGGGUGACAGCUCCCCGAUCUCGCCCCUCGACGAACCGAAACACCACCAUGAAUCGGAGGCGAGAGAUCCAGCGUCGCGGAAGCUCCGGCUGCGGUUACUCCUUACCCUCUUCGUCGUUGUGCUCGCCGUGGAAAUGGGGUUGAAUAUGGCCGACAGCCCUAUGGUUCGGAUCUACGAGUCGAUUACCUGUCGCCAUUAUUAUGCCCAGCAUGAUUCGUCGCAGAUUGGUGCGGAUGGCCAGGUUGAGGAGGAGCUGUGUAAGGUGAAGGACAUACAAACCGAGUUGGCCGCUGUGAAAGGGUAUAUGGAAUUCUUUGAUGGGUUGUUGAGCGUCUUCCUUGCAAUUCCUUACGGUCUGCUCGCGGAUAGGUACGGACGAAGAUGGGCCAUCUGCCUCAGUGUCCCCGGCUUUGUCCUGAACUCCGCCAUAAUCACGGUCGUGCUGUGGUUCUCUAAUAUCUUCCCUCUGCGCGCGGUAUGGCUGUCGUCUCUGGCGUGGUUGUGCGGUGGUGGUCCUGUCGUUGCGUUCGCGAUUAUUUGGACGAUAAUGUCGGACGUGACGACGGAAGAUGAGCGAGCUUCGAUUUUCUUCAAAUUCGCAAUCGUCACCAUGGGCGGCGAACUCAUCUCCAACGCUCUUGGUUCGUGGUUAAUGACCAUGAAUCCUUGGAUUCCAAUGCUCCUCGGUUUCACGCUGGCCUUUUUAGGCAUGCUUUUUGUAUUGACACUCCCAGAGACCAUGCCUGUGUCGCCCCCGAAGGCCAAUCAGCCGGAAAUGACAACUGUGGAGAUGGGUCAUUUGAAUGUUAGCCGCAGAGAGGGUUACAAGGAUGACAGCGAGGAUGAGCAUGCGUUCACAGAGAAGACCGCAACGACUUCCAGCAGCCGAUCUCUCUUUUUCACUCUCUAUACCAGAUGUCGAAACUACUUCGCACCUUACACCUUCAUAUUCCGCAACAAGCAGAUCCUUCUUCUUCUCGCAGCCUUCUUGGUCUACCGCCUCAGUCGAAGUUCCUCAUGGUUCCUUGUCCAGUAUAUUUCCACCCGAUACUCUUGGUCCUUGGCAGAGGCCAACUUUCUCAUGUCCCUCCGACCUUGUCUCACCAUUCCGCUCUUCCUCUUCAUCCUCCCUGGCAUCUCCAAAUAUGUCCUCCGAAAUUUCCGCACCUCUCAGAAGAACCUCUACCUCGCCCGUGCCAGCGUUCUUACCCUGUCCAUAGGCACAUUAGGCGUUGGCCUUUCCCCAAACGUCACCUCAUUCAUUCUAAGUAUGACCGUCCAGGCCUCUGGGGCAGGAUUCCUCUUCCUCACGCGAGCACUACUCACAGUGCUAGUGAGACGAGAAGAGACUGCGCGGUUGUUUACGAUCAUGGAGCUGCUACAGUCCGUGGGCAAUGUGAUUGCCAGUUUAUCUAUUACAAAAGUUUUCCAGAUCGGCUUGGAGUUGGGUGGUGCUUGGAUUGGACUUGCUUGGAUGAUGACAAGCACGGCGUUCGCUCUGGUGGGCGUGUCGAUUUGGAUGUUCCGGUUGCCUCCUGUGACCAAGGCGAGAGAGGAACAAGCUGAAAGGGAAGUACUGGACUUGUCGGAGGGUAUCAAAUUUGGGGAUAUGGCAUCCUCAGGCAUCAACACGUCGUUCUCCGAUUGGCGGGGUCCAGCACGACUCCAAGUGUUCACAUGCGGGCAUGUUCUUCGCUUCGGCUUCAUGAUUGACGCUCUGAAUCUACUACUAAAUCUAAUCUUCGCGCGCAUACCGUUGAGUCGAGUCAAGCUUACACCCGACGUCACUGACAUGGAGAAGUUCUCCCAAUUCCGGGAUCGAGGAUCCGGUAUCGCGCCAUUCCUCCCGAUUCCCGCCCAACCGUCGGGUUACCAGCUCCCUCUGCGCGUGUUCCUGUUCUUCUUCCGCCUCCCGCUCUUCAUCUUUGUGUGCUUUACCUACUUUGCCAUUUUGCAAUGGUUUCCGAUCGGGUCGCUGGGGAAGAAGGCUUCGCUAUGGUGUAUUCUGGGGGUGCCGAGUAUAUGGUGGAUUGAUCUUCAGAUUGAUGGGGUGCGAAAAGGGUCGCUCUCAAGACAGCAACAGGCUCGUCUCCCCGGUCCAGGAUCAAUUAUCGCUUCGUCCUUUACCUCUCCCAUCGACGCCGUAUACCUAGCCGCCAUCUUCGAUCCUAUUUUCACCGCGUCAUACCCCAACACCCGCCAGGUCGAGCACAUCUCCCUCCUACAAGCGAUUCUGCGCGCGUUCGCACAGCCCCGCGUCAGUCCCUCCCCCAGGACACGGAUGGUCGAUGUCUCGACACUUUUGAAGAAAUACCCCAACCGACCGAUCGUGAUGUUCCCCGAAUGCACGACCACAAACAGCCGUGGUAUCCUACCUCUUAGCCAUUCGCUACUGGGUGCGCCCCCACAGACGAAGAUCUUCCCGGUGAGCUUGCGUUACACACCUGUGGAUGUUGUCACACCGCUGCCGGGGACGUAUCUGAGCUUCCUGUGGACGUUGUUGAGUGGGCCAACUCACUGUAUACGUGUUCGCGUUGCCGAGUCGGUGGUUAGUGGAGCUGGAGCGGGUAUGAGCCAGGUUAGCAAGGACCUGAAGCAUGAAAGUGUUGAGAGUUUCGAAGCUGCGAUUACACCAGCUGAGAAGGGAUUGUUGGAUAAUGUGGGUGAAGCGCUGGCUCGACUGGGUCGGGUUAAGCGUGUUGGAUUGGGAGUGAAGGAGAAGCAGGACUUUGUACGGAUGUGGACUAAGACGCGACGGACGUGGUAGUACCACUUAUGGACUCGUAUAGACGGAUCAAGAUCUGGUUUCUUGUAUAUUAUCUUGCUUCAACAUGGGCAAUGGGGUCCGUGUCCAUUUUCCAUGGAAUGCCACAAACUCACUUGAAUCGAUUACGGGUACUUUAUGAUCUCAUCGGCCAGUGAAUCUCGUCCAGCUCUGCCAGCUCAAUGCUUCUUGAUACUCCAGAGCGACAAUAAGUACCGAGGCUACUCGAUAUGGACAGAUCAUCUGUGGAUACUCAAUCGAUCACCGAUCCAUUGACCAUUCCUUCGAAUUCACCCCUACCGGGUGUCUUAUCUGCGGCCC